GGGAGAGAGACGAGGUUACGGCGUCGGGAAUAGCAUCUAGGAAGUGUAGUGUGCUGAAGUCGAGUAGGUCGAGUAUUAAUAGCCUGCAUUGCCGUAUGCGCCAAGUACGUGUUUCUCUGAUCAAGAGUACCCAACGAGUGUGGUAGUGUAUGCAACGAUGAAUCCCGUCAACACCAAGCCCUACAAGCUUCCAGACGAUGCAGUGUGGUUGAUAACCGGCUGCUCGUCCGGCAUCGGCCGCGCCCUCGCGACGCUCGUCGCCAGCAAGCCCAACCACCGUCUCAUCGCCACGGCCCGCAACCCAGCCGACCUCGCCUACCUCUCCGACGGCAACCCUAACAUCCUUAAGCUCCCGCUGGACGUGACCUCGCCAGACUCCGUCAACGCCGCCUUCACCGCCGCCGCAGAGCACUUUUCCAAGACAGAGAACGGCGGCGACGGCAGAUUCCACCUCGACGUCGUCGUCAACAACGCCGGCUACUCCCUCUCGGGCGACACGGAGUCAGCCACCGAGGAGGAAACACACCGGGAGAUGGAGACGCUGUUCUUCGGCACCGCGCGCGUGACCACGCGGGCCGUGGAGGCCAUGCGCCCGCAGCAGCAGGCGGACGGGGACGACGCCAGGGGCGGUGUCAUCUUCAACAUCUCGUCGCUGGCCGGGCUGUGCGCCUUUCCCGGGCAUGCGUACUACCACGCUGGCAAGUUCGCCGUCGAGGGUUUCUCUGAGAGCGUCGCAAGAGAGGUCCACCCGGACUGGGGGAUUAACAUGUGCAUCGUUGAACCGAGCGGCGUCCGGACCAACUUCGAGGGCCACAGCAAGGCGCGCACGGCGGCGCACCCGGCGUAUGCCGGCCCCGACAUGCCGGCGCGCAAGCUCGAGAUGUACGUCAACAUGGGCAUCAAGUCGGGCGUGGGCAUGAUGGAGCCCGCCGCCGUGGCCGAUGCGCUCUACAAUAUUGCGAGUCGCGGAGAGCGGGUCCCCCUGAGGCUGCCGCUGGGUGCCGUGGCCUGGAAGAUGGGCAAGGCUAAGUUUGAGGGCUUGGUGCAGGAGUUUGAGGCGGUCAAGGAGAUUAGUGCGAUGGGUCAACAGCUUUGAAGGGGGAUGUGAUAUUUUAAUUUCGUAUAUUGAGAAAGAAAAAUGACUGAUUGU